UGGACAUCUUUCAACUACCUCUUUUCAAAUCAUCAAUUCAUCACUCAGCCAAAGCGUCCUCACAUGGCUUCUAAUUUUCUCAAAUUCCAUCUUCAAACCUCUAAAAACCAGACCUUAUUCUCCCCCAAGAACCAAAAUAAUCAUUGCCAUCUAUAUUUCAUCAACCCAAAUGUCUCCCACAAGCACAAGUUCCCCUUCCCAUCAAUACAUGCAUCCCUUGUUUCCUCCACAACAGCACCCUCUUCCAGAGAACAUGCAAUCCUGCAAGCCAAAACAUGUAUUUCCACCUGCUUAAAGAAGCCUCUCAACAAUCCCAAGCUAGUAGGCAAGCUCAAGAAGCUAAAACAACCCCGGUUUCAAGUCGAAAUCCCACUCAUCGAUGACUCUCCAUCGUCUCUGCCUCAAUUAGCUCUCGACAUCUUCAAAGACAUGCCACUCAAAAGGAAAGGCUCAUUAGCCGAGAUUUUAGUUCUCUGGCCCGAUGCUCGUUUAAAAGAAGUUGGAAUCCAAGCUUUUGAAUCGUGUUAAUUGAGCCACAUUGAACAUAUUGACUUACCUUCAGUUAACCAAAGUAACAGAUUUUUGAGUCCUGCUGAUGUUUCUGUCUUUUUGGCUCCUGAGCCAUCUCAGCUUGCCCUUAUAAAAGCAAUAUCCAAUAGCUUUUAUCCGAAGCCAGUGGUGAUUUUCAAUCCUAAAUGGGGUUCUGAACAAGAGAGUGGCUUCGGUGAUCUGAAAGGAUUUGUGGGAUCUUUUGAAGUGAUUUAUUCAUUUAUGGGAUUAGAAGUUAAAGGUGUUUUGAGUAAAAGGAAAGGAAUGGUUUUCAAGUGUGUUAGAGAUGGAGUUCUGAGUGGGGAGCAAUGGGCAGUUCUUGUGGAAGAAGAUGGUGAAUUGAAUGUGGUUUCGAGGUUCAAAUCACGACCAAGCAUUGAGGAAGUUGAGAAUGUGUUGUAUAACUUGAUGGCUAUCAAUUCACCUAUUACCAAAUCUGCCAAGUUCUUGAGAGGUUUGGUCUCUAAUGUUACUGGAAAAAAAUAAGUUCACUUUAAAUUUUC